ACUUGCACACUUCUCUCUUCCCUGGAUUCUCUCAAUAAUUAUCUCCAAAACAUGAUUUUUAUUUUUGAUGUUCUUUAUUGAAACUUACUCUUUAAAAGUUAAACAUUAUUUCUCAUUUGUAUGUUUAUUUUAAGGCAUGUUUUGCACUGUGGCAUCAUCUUUCAUUUAUAAUCUUUACAGCACCAAACCACAUUGCCUGCAUUGUGGUAUUUUAGUCAUGUGCCAGUUUAGCAGUGUUACAAGGUUUGGAUCUGAAAGGCUGUGUGUGUGUGUUUUAGAUACAUUUCUGUUUAUACUUCCCCAAAUGAAUUUGUCUAAUUAUGUGUUCAGACCAGAUUUUUAAUAAUAUGGCUUAAGAAGGAAUUUGCCAUGUGAGAUUUAAAAUUAGGUCAAAGAGCAAAAGCUGUUGAACGAUAGCAAAAAGCAGAUAAUAUGUAGGGUUCUAAAUGGUAAUUGAUGAACAUUUGAAUGUUCCUAAAAACGGGAGUCUCUGUUGUCUUUGCAUGUUACUCCACUAGGGACUUACACAGAUAGGUUUUGCACAAUAUCCUUGCUGUUUAUUGUCAGCCAUAAACAAAUUACACAUAUUUAACAAGUUAAUGUCAGAUUGGCCAGGAGCCACUGGGAGGUGUGUACUUAGUGACAUCAGCUGGCAAAGCGCCCUGGUAACAGGGAGGGUUAGAGGGGUAGUAGAAAGAGAGGAAGCAGCAGGAAGAGCGUGCAAGAGACACGGGAGAGACUGACUGUGUCUGGGGAUUCUGGCAAGGUGAAGAGCUGCUCUGUUUGGCAGGACCUUCCCAUCUGGGAUCCAUCUGUGUUUCCCUGGAAUGGGAGAGGCAGCUCAAGUCAGUGAGAAAUCGCAGAUGUGAGAGAGCUGACACAUGUCCAGCUCAUGAAAGCAGGAGGAAGGCUGGUCUUGGAUUGGGCUUUGAAGAUCAGGAGGAGAGAAAGAAGAGGUUUUUAACGUUUAUUUUAAAUAAAUUUGGUGUAAUAAGAAUCUGGAUUGUUAUAAUCUGGGCAUACUGGUUGGUCCUGAGAAGAGGGUGCCAGCAAUGCCCGGAUCGCCUGUAGAGGUGAAGAUACAGUCAAGAGCCUCGCCUCCCAUCAUGCCACCCCUCCCACCGGGAAAUCCUGGAGGACCGCGACCAGUGUCCUUUACUCCUACAGCAUUAAGCAAUGGAAUCAACCAUUCUCCUCCUACCCUGAAUGGGGCCCCGUCACCACCACAGAGAUACAGCAAUGGUCCUGCCUCUUCCACCUCAUCUGCACUAACUAAUCAGCAGUUACCAGCCACUUGUGGUGCUCGGCAGCUCAGCAAGCUCAAACGAUUUCUUACAACUCUGCAACAGUUCGGCAAUGACAUCUCACCUGAGAUUGGGGAGAAGGUGCGAACACUUGUUCUGGCACUCGUGAACUCAACAGUGACAAUUGAAGAAUUCCAUUGUAAACUCCAAGAGGCCACAAACUUUCCUCUUCGUCCUUUUGUGAUUCCGUUUCUGAAGGCCAACCUACCCCUGCUGCAGCGGGAACUGCUGCACUGCGCUCGGGCCGCCAAGCAGACCCCGUCCCAGUACCUGGCUCAGCACGAGCACCUGCUGCUCAACACCAGCAUCGCGUCCCCGGCUGACUCCACUGAGCUGCUCAUGGAAGUGCAUGGGAACGGGAAGAGGCCCAGUCCAGAGAGGAGGGAAGAGAACAGCUUCGACAGAGACCCCGUCGCUCCAGAACCUCCUGCCAAGAGAGUGUGCACCAUCAGCCCAGCCCCCCGGCACAGCCCUGCCCUCACCGUGCCCCUCAUGAACCCCGGGGGCCAGUUCCAUCCGACGCCUCCGCCUCUGCAGCACUAUACCUUAGAGGAUAUUGCAACUUCACACCUGUACCGGGAACCCAACAAGAUGCUAGAGCAUCGAGAAGUUCGUGAACGGCACCACAGUCUUAGUCUGAACGGAGGCUACCAAGAUGAGUUGGUCGAUCACCGCCUGACUGAAAGGGAGUGGGCCGAUGAAUGGAAACACCUCGACCAUGCGCUCAACUGCAUCAUGGAGAUGGUAGAGAAAACCAGGCGCUCCAUGGCGGUGCUGAGGCGCUGCCAGGAAUCCGACCGCGAAGAGCUCAACUACUGGAAAAGACGCUACAACGAGAACACGGAGCUGAGGAAAACAGGGGCUGAGCUGGUCUCCAGGCAGCACAGCCCUGGGAGCACCGACUCCCUCAACGAUUCUCAGCGGGAAUUCAGCAGUAGGCCAGGUGCAGGAUAUGUGCCCGUGGAGUUUUGGAAAAAAACAGAAGAAGCUGUGAAUAAGGUGAAGAUCCAGGCCAUGUCAGAAGUACAAAAGGCUGUCGCCGAGGCAGAGCAAAAAGCCUUUGAGGUGAUUGCCACAGAGAGAGCACGAAUGGAGCAAACCAUCGCUGACGUCAAGCGGCAGGCUGCAGAAGAUGCCUUCCUGGUCAUCAAUGAGCAGGAGGAGUCCACAGAGAACUGCUGGAACUGCGGCCGCAAAGCCAGCGAGACAUGCAGUGGCUGCAACAUCGCACGGUACUGCGGCUCUUUCUGCCAGCACAAGGACUGGGAGCGGCACCACCGCCUCUGUGGGCAGAGCCUGCACAGCCAGAGUCCCCACAGCCAGAGCCGGCCGCUGCUGCCCGGGGCUAGGGGCUCCUCGGCCAGGUCCGCUGACUGCAGCGUGCCCAGCCCAGCCCUAGACAAGACCUCGGCAACCACCUCGCGCUCCUCCACACCUGCCUCCGUCACGGCCAUUGAUAGCAAUGGGCUCUGAGCCCCAGAGCCUGCUUACCUGAUGGCCCCCCUCCCCCCACCCACCAGGACACCGGGACCUGGCUGUGGGAGCCAUGCACGCAGCUGCGGGGUCAUCAGCAGGAAAGACGUGGGAACCAGAACAGUCCAAGCCUGGGGCAUGCAUCCCCCCAUUGCGUCUGGGACCUGCAGGAACACACGCGUGUCUGCGCAUGGACGCCCACCGGGACCCCGCCACCGUGGAUUUCCUCACAUCCCCCUCUCCCAGACGAAGCUGGCAAGGCCAGAGCACCAUGUGGCACACCAGCUCUCCGCUCCUGAGCCAGCAGACUGCCAGAUGUGCAGGUCAGCCUCCUGGUCCCUGGGUAGGCAAAGCAUGGCCUUGGAACGCCCUCCUCAGCCCUGCUGGGCAGACUUGAUGGGAAGCUCAGAGAUGACAGGAAAGCCGUCACUGUUUCAAUGAAAACACCAGAAUAAUGAGUAGAUAAAUCUCCCCCAAGCUUCACGGAUAAUUCUGUACAAGACUUUUUCCACCCAGCUGGCCACUUGUCCUUGGAAAACAUUUUCCUCUCUUGCUUUUGUUUAUGCCGAGUGUCACUUCCAAUGCGUGGACUGGGCUCCAAGAAGCCUCACCAUGGAAGCAAGUCCUCCACGCCUGUUGGCCAGACCAGCCAUGCGAAGUGACCAAGCCUUUCACAUCAGGGAAGUGCAGAAUCUCCCAGCCCCGCUGGCAGCUGCCACCGUCACCUCACAGCUCCCGCACAUCCUGGCCCCACAGGUCCCUUCCACCCUGCGACCCCUCUGGCUUCUGCCAGCCAUGCCUGGUCUUGUCUGCACUGCCUCCUGCCCUUGAGAUGUGUCUUUAGCCCCCACAGCUUCGUGCAUCUAGCAUUGGGCACACAAGCUCAUCUGUCUUCUCCCAUGUUGCCUGUUUGCUUCCCCAAGUCUUUGAACUCAGAAAGGUUUUGUGAAAUAUGAGAGCCAUUUCAGGAAAACCUCAUCAACUUGUCUUCCCUUUUUCAAGGAGUUUCCUGCUGCUUACCUGGCUGUCCAAACAGCACGUCACCUGUUUGUUCCCCUACAGAAUGUUAAGCCUGCAGCCCAAGGACCGUCCCCUCCCCUCUCCCUACUGCUCCUGGUGACUGCAACAAGGAUUUUCAGUCUUAGAAGAAACUUGAUACAAGGCACCUUUAAAAUUCCUGGAUUUACCAGUUGCAUUGCAAAUGAAGUCAGCUGUCCCCGGAGAGAACAGCAGAGGGACACAUGGCAUCACUGGGUGAAACCCAGCAGGGCGGUAGGUAGUCGGUACCGCAGAUAGGACCCGCCCACGUUUCACGGAAGCGGGGUGUCUGUGCCGUCUGGUGGAGCCCUGCAUUGGUUAUGGCAUGAGUGUGGUUUGCAAGGUACCUGGACUCACCUCACUAACUUACAAGAACCCCUGAGUAGAUCUAGAUCUUGGGGGGAGCUCGAGGUCACCCAGUAGUCUUUGUUGAGGUGAGGUGGGCAGAGCCAGCCUGGCCAGCCCUCCUGGGCAGUCACUCCAGUGCCAACUUCCUGUUUGGUCUUCAUAGUGUCAUUCCAGCUGCUGUACUCCUGGGCACUGCCAACAUAGACCUUGCCACGGUGUCUGUCCAGCUUUGAAAGACCCUCUUCCCUGGGGUGGACAGUCCACUAGAGGGGAAAGGCAAGCGCUGUGCUGUCGCCUCUGUACACCCUGCCCCUGCUCCCGGCUUUCAGGAUGGGAAUGGACAUUUUGGUUCCCCGCUGGAAUCCCCAGCAAGGUUUUAAAAAAGGCUCUUCUGGCUGCUGUGUGUGAGGCCCAGCAUCUCCAGUUUGCAUUUAGGGCGGCAGUGAAGGCCAAGGCCGGGGCAUGAUCCACACUGUCUCAGGACAGUCACAGGCAUCCUCAACAGCCUAGAAACCAAAAGGGAGCGCGGUCUCCACAACUGCUGGAGACGGUACCGGGCCCUGCCCGCCUGCCGAGGGCCACUCGGCGCUGCCAAGGAAAGGCUGAGGCAAGAAUCCCAGGAGACCAUGGUGGCCACCCAGGCCUGAGGAAGACUUGGAAGCGCUGGAGCACGCCUGCUCAGGAAGAACAGCUGCAGCUCUCAGCUGAUGCCCUCGCAAGUGCAGGGGAUGCGCACAUUGCCGAGCUGUCUUUCUUAGAUGGGACCCAGCACAGGCCAUGGCCGGCCUCAGCCACCACCUCUGCAGAUGGACUUGUUUGCCCAUUUGGGCCAGCUGGUUCACCAGAAGCUCCUCACUUCAGCUUCCAUUCCCAAUCAGUGUGUGUACCGUAUCCAGCCCUGUAUCUGUAUUGGAGGGGUCCCCAGCGUGUCCAUGCCGGCAAGAGCAGACGUGGCUCUCAGUAGUUGUGUAAGGCAUCUCGCAGUAGCCUCACUGGCAUAGCAUGGUAUGGCACAUGCUUCAGACUGGAAGCCAGGAGAACAGCCAGUUGGCCGCUUGUCCUGGAGUCAGUGGAAGGGAUUAUGGGAUGGAGAAAACAUUGGAACUAGGACGCAUCUUGGGAGGCUUCCUUCAGAACUGGCCUAGAACCAAGGCUCCCAGCUGGGCUCCUGGGUCAGGAACCGGCGCCAAUUUUCUUUGAUGGCUUUUAGCUAUUUGCAGAGAACCAGGUGGUGGCAUGUGUGAACCAAAUGCAACAAAGGCCAGAGGACGCAGACUGUUGCAACAUGGGCCAGCUGGCAGCUGUCAGGAAGUUGUCCCACCCAGCCUGGCGAGGGUCUGGCCAAGCUGGCCAGAGGGUCAGCUGUUCUUGAGAAACCAAAAUGUUGCCUCCUGGACCUGCCCCCAUGCACAGACAUGCUCUUUCCCAAAGAUGGUGGUGUAGAGACCUUCCCAUCCCAGCCCCGGAGAGCCAGCAGGCCUGAGGGUGGGCCUCGCACGCCCCUGCACACCCUGACUGGUCAGGCCCCCAGCGGCACAGUGGAUACUUGCUGAUGCUUAUACCAAAUAGGGCAUGCAUGGCUGGUGUCUGCUAGGGACGACCCUGGCCUUGGACUUGGCAGAGAAGCAGCUGACAGAGCUGCUUGGCUAGGGGUCCCUGUGCACUGGAGAAGGCAGCCAUGUAAGUGGAGAAUGCGCACGCACGAGCAAGCAAUGCCUUCACACGGUUUGUAAAGCACUGGUGAGUGUGCAGCCCCCACGGAUGUGUCCCAGUCUGGGUUUUCUGUGCUUUGUCAUUUUACUCUGAUAGGAACUUUGUUACUCAGCUCUGUGCAUAACUUAUUUAAUGUACUGUAUAAACGAACCAAAACUGGUAAAUAUGUAUUUAGUUUGUUCUACUUAAAGUAGUCAAUAAAAGGCUAUAUUCCUUUUC